AUGCUGGCAAAUCCCUACAACUGCACCCAAUACCACUACUGUGAGGCUGCCGGAGAAGAUUCAUCUGUGUAUGCAUGCCCACCCAAAUACGUGUAUAACGCUGACACUGGACUGUGCAAACUGCAGGUCUACGUUGCGGACUGCAUGACCGCCAAAUGUGACCCCACCAAGGGCUUCGGAACCUAUGGCACUUCUAAGACCUACUUUGCCAUUUGCACCUACGAUGAUAAAGGCGUCCUGUCGUCGGUCGAUAUGGCGAAAUGUCCCAACAACACCCUGUUCGAUACGGUCAACGGAAGUGGGUGCAAAUUCACCUGCCCCAAGGAUGGCAACUUCGCCAACCCGAUGGACCCCACCUUUGCCAGUUACUAUCUGUGCUACACUUCUGGACUGACCAAGAUUGCUUCGCUGCAGAAAUGUGCGGAAGGAAAGGCCUUUGACGUUUCAGCCGGUUUGUGCACAGCUGCCGCUUUUGCUACAACCACCCCUGCUCCUGCUCCUGCUGCUUAA